AUGGGUGUAAAUGGGACGGACCAGAAGCUGGAUGAGCUCAAAUUCUCGCCAAACGAUAAGGAAAAGGUGCGAUGGAAACGGGUGCCGGAAGAUGCAAAAGAUGUCCCGUUAAUGACUUUGUUCCGAUAUGCCACCAAAGUCGAUGUAGCGCUGAUGGUGGCUGGUGUAUUUUUCGGAAUUUGCCAAGGAUUAUUAAAUAUGUGCUGCUGGCAUACGGUAUCUGAGCGUCAGAUGCACCAGAUUCGGAUACGAUACUUUGAGGCCGUCCUCCGCCAAAACAUGGGCUGGUUCGACAAAAAUGAAACUGGUGCCUUGACCACGAAAAUGACGGAUGGAGUCGACCGUAUCAAGGACGGAAUUGGCGACAAACUCGGCGCAAUGUGCUCGUAUUUGGCCCAAUUCGUCGGUGGCAUCAUCACGGCUUUUGUGUUGAGUUGGAAAAUGACGCUGAUCAUGCUGGCGUUCAUGCCCCUCUUCCUCGCGCCAAUGUUCUUGGCUGGAAAGUUUAUCAAAAAGACGAUUCCCCGCGAACUGGCAGCAUACGGUAAGGCGGGAGCCGUGGCGGAAGAGGUCGUAUCCGGCAUCAGGACUGUCGUCGCGUUCAAUGGACAGGAGAAGGAGAUUAAACGAUACGAGUCCCAUCUGCGUGCAGGUGAGAAGCACGGAAUCCGAAAGUCAUUUUUCACGGCCGCUGGAGUUUCUUUCUACUUUGGAACCGUACUUGUGACGAAGGACGAGAUCACGCCCGGCGUCGUUUUUGCCGUGUUUUGGGCUGUCAUUUCAGGAACUUUUGCCAUCGGCCACGCCGCGCCACAGAUUGGAACGAUUCUCGGGGCUAAGGGAGCUGCCGCACCGAUUUUUGCUAUUAUUGAUCGGGAACCUCCAAUAAAUUCCCAAUCGACGGGCGGGAAAAGAAUUGCCGAUCCGAAGGGCACCAUCGAGCUUCGAGACGUUCAUUUUCGAUAUCCGACUCGGCUGGAAGCGAAGAUUUUGAAAGGUAUCUCUCUAAAAAUCGAACCCGGCCAACACGUCGCCCUUGUCGGGCAUUCCGGAUCCGGAAAAUCAACCCUCCUGGGAAUGCUGCUCCGUUUCUACGAGCCAGAAGAGGGAAAGGUGACGAUCGACGGGGUCGAGGUCCGAGACCUAAACAUUGCCCACCUGCGGCAACUCGUCGGCGUCGUCAGCCAGGAGCCGGCCCUUUUCGCCGAUACUGUUGCGAAUAAUCUGAGGCUGGGAAAUCCGGAGAUGAGCCUCGCCGACAUGGAAAAUGUCUGUCGGAUGGCGAAUGCUCACGAUUUUGUUGAGCAGCUACCAGAGAAAUACGAAACCAGAAUUGGGGACGGCGGUGUGCAACUCUCCGGUGGUCAGAAGCAACGCAUCGCCAUCGCCCGCGCUUUGGCCAGAAAUCCUCGAGUCCUGCUUUUGGAUGAGGCGACAUCAGCACUGGACACAGAAUCGGAAUCCGUCGUCCAGAAGGCUUUGGACCAGGGCCGCACAACAAUCUCAAUCGCCCAUCGACUCUCCACCAUCAAAAAUGCCGACCGCAUCUAUGUGUUUGAUGCUGGAAACAUUGUCGAGCAGGGCAACCACGAGAGCCUGAUGGCAAGUGGGGGCCUGUAUUCGGAGCUGGUCCGAGCCCAGGAGAUUGAGAAGGCACACGAGAAGAAGGAGGAGCCGGAGAAGGAAGAUUUGUUUUAUGAAGACCACGACGCGCUCAGCCUCUCGAGCACCAGCUAUAUAUCAAGCGAGACCGAGUCGCUACUUGAUGAAUCGACGGCUCAAAGGCGUAUGUCCAAAAUCAAGGGGAUGAGAGCACGAACUCAGUCUCGGAUCUCGACGCGGAUGUCCAGAGCCCUGUCGAUGAGCUCGGAGAUUGAUAGGGCGAUUUUGGACCUGGAGGAAGAAGCCGAAGAAGAAAAAGUGUCUCCCUCGUCGAUUAUGGACAUCCUCAGAUUCGCACGCCCAGAAUGGCCGAACCUAGCCAUAGCCCUGUUCUGCUCCAUAAUUCGAGGCUUCACCUUCCCGCUGUUUUCGCUGGUUUAUGGGCUCAUGUUCAAGAUGCUCUCAUCCGACGACACCCCCUCCGAGAUGAAGCACCACGCCCUCAUCAACGGCUUGUACUUCUGGGGAAUCGGGCUGUCGUGCCUCAUCUCGGCCAUGACGUCUGGUUUCCUGAUGGGCAAGGCCGGCGAGUCGAUCACUAUGCGGAUGCGGCUGCGGCUCUUCGGGAAUCUGCUCCGCCAAGAUGGGGCGUAUUUCGACAACCCUAACCAUUCGAGCGGCAAGUUGACGACCAGGCUGGCCACUGACGCACCGAAUAUUCGAGCGGCAAUCGACCAGCGCCUUGCCGACGUUCUCCAGUCCAUCUCCGCCAUCACUGCCGGCAUCAUCAUCGCGUUCAGCUACGGCCCGGUGAUGGCCCCCAUUGGCGUGCUGACGGCUACGGCUCUAAUCACGCUGAACGCGCUCAUCACGCAAUAUCUGAAGCGGAAGGGGCAGAAAGAUGCUGAAGUGGCCGAGGAGCCGAGUCGACUAGCCACCGAGGCCAUCGAGCAGCACAAAACCGUCCAAUCGCUCACCAGAGAAACCCACUUUGUCGAACGCUACGUCGAGAUGAUGGCCGUCCCACAUAAAAAUGCGAUAUGGAGAGGCGCCGUCCAAUCAGCCACCUUUGCCCUUUCCAUCUCCUACGUCCUGAUGAACUUUGCAAUUGCGUAUCGAUACGGUGUUUUUCUCGUCAAGAAGGAUCUGUCGUCGCCAUAUGUCGUAUUCCAAGUCAUCGAAGCUCUCAACUGCGCCUCAAUCUCCCUCAUCGCCUUCGCCACCUAUUUCCCUGAAUAUAUUCGGGCAAGACUCUCCGCCGGUCUGCUUUUCAACAUGCUCGGCAUCGAACCGAAAUUCGAUGGAAUGUCCGAACAGGGAAAAAAGCCGGCUCUUAACGGGGACAUUGAGUUCGAGCGUCUGUACUUCUCGUAUCCGAUCCGGAGGCAGCAUAUGGUGUUGAAUGGGAUUCAGCUACGGAUCCCGAAAGGAAAAACCGUAGCCCUGGUCGGCCCGUCCGGCUGUGGAAAAUCCACCUCGAUUCAAAUGAUCGAACGUUACUACGAUCCGAUGGGCGGAAGAAUGCUUUUCGAUGCUGUGGACGCGCGUGAAAUCAACCUCCAACACCUGCGCACUCAAAUUUCGUUGGUGGGCCAGGAGCCGAUACUGUUCAACUAUUCCAUCAGAGAAAAUAUCGGGUACGGUAUGGCUGCGGCAAGCGAAGAGCAGAUUAUAGCAGCCUCCAAGCUGGCAAAUGCCCACGAUUUCAUCUCGAAACUGCCGGCGGGUUACGACACGAUAGUUGGCGAGCGUGGUGGGCAACUUUCUGGAGGGCAAAAGCAGCGGGUGGCCAUUGCCAGGGCUGUGAUACGAGAUCCGAAGAUCCUGCUCCUCGAUGAAGCGACCAGUGCCCUGGACACGGAGAGCGAACGGGUGGUCCAAGAGGCUCUGGAAAGAGCCAGAGAGGGCCGUACAUGUGUCGUCAUUGCCCACAGAUUAUCAUCAAUUCAGAAUGCCGACAUUAUCGUGGUCGUCAAGGACGGCCGGGUGCACGAGCAGGGUAACCACCAGUCACUCCUCGCCCGCAAGGGGCUCUAUGCUAAUUUGGUGGCUCAACAAGGACUUUCG